ACUCGUUCAAAGAGAGGUAUAUUAGAAAAGGCCUCUCUGGAGGCAGUUGCUCAAUACAUUAAAGAUAACGAUGUUAAAAACAUCAUUGUAAUGUCUGGCGCUGGCAUCUCUACUGCUGCUGGUAUUCCUGACUUUCGUAGCAAGGGCACUGGCUUAUAUCACAAUCUUCAGAAAUUUAAUCUUCCUUAUGCUGAAGCUGUUUUUGAUAUUGAAUAUUUCCUUGAAAGACCGGAGCCUUUUUAUGCAUUAGCUAAAGAACUUUAUCCUGGUAGAUUUCUUCCAACAAAAACUCACUAUUUUAUACGACUUUUACAAGAGAAAGGAAUUCUUUUAAGAAAUUUUACACAAAAUAUCGAUACACUCGAACGUAUGACAGGCUUAGAUCCAACGUAUAUUAUUGAAGCACAUGGUAGUUUUGCAACUGCUUCUUGUGUUGAAUGUAAAAGGAGAGCAGAUCCUGAAAUGGUGAAGAAAGCAGCUUUAAAGGGACAAGUACCUCGAUGCAUAGAUUGUGAUCAAUUAGUUAAACCUGACAUCACCUUUUUUGGUGAAAAUUUGCCUAAACGAUUCUUUCAUCAUCUUCAGGAUUUUGAGAGAGCUGACUUAUUAAUUAUUCUUGGUACAAGUUUACAAGUUCAACCAUUUGCUUCACUUAUUGAGGAAGUUCCUGAACAUGUGCCUAGACUUUUAAUUAAUAAAGAACUAGCUGGUGUUCAUAGUAAAUCAAGAACAAGUGGUUUUGACUUUGAAUGGAAAAAUGGAUUAAAUCGUGAUGUUGCUUAUUUGGGUAGUUGUGAUGACGGUGUAAAAAAGCUUGCUGAAUUAUUAGGUUGGGAAAAGGAAUUAGAGCGUCUAUAUACAAAGGGUAACGAGAAAUUAAAGGCAGUUUGGAAAGCUGAAGAAGAAGAAAAAGAAGAAAAAACAAAAGCUACAGAAGAAGAGGUUAUUGUAGAUCAAAAGAAGGAUCCUGAAGUCGAACAACUAGCUGAAGAACUUGAACAAAAGUUAACUACAUUACAAAAGGAAGAUUCAUGUCAAGAACAAAAAGAAACGGCCGAGGAAAAGGAAGAUAAAGAUGAGAAAAAAAAAUGAAACUUCCUAAAUCGAAGCCCUUGAAUAUAAAUACUGAUGACAAGCUGAAACCAUUUAUUUUGUUACUAGACUAUUAUAUUGGCAUUAUAAAUAUAAUUUACAUAUCUAUCUAUCUAUAUACACAUAUAAUAUAGUAUAUAUACAUACGUAUACAUAUACAUAUAGAUAUAGAUAUAGAUAUAGAUAUAGAUAUAGAUAUAGAUAUAGAUAUAGAUAUA